CGGCCAGGGGCGGAGAGUGUCUUGUCCGUCAGGUUAGCGCUGUAAUGAAUUGAAUAAGGGGGGUGGAAUCCAAUCCGGUUUGAGCUAGUUUUGUUCCAAUGGAACAUUAACGUCUCGCUACGCUGUAAUAGAACGUACUGUUUGAAUCUUAUACCGAACAGUAUUUUUCUUGCUCCGUUUUGGAACAUUGCCCUCUUUUUUUUCUUUUAACAAAUACGCAAAACAGCCAUGCCUAAAAGGAGCAAAGCAAACGCUGAUGCUGAGGCAGCAGAGCCCAAGAGGAGAUCUGAGAGAUUGGUAAACAAACCAGCCCCUCCAAAGGCAGAGCCCAAGCCAAAGAAGGAGAAGGCAGUACCUAAGCCCAAGAAGGCUAAGGAGGUGAAGAAGGCUGCACCUGAGGAGAAGGAGGUGCCUGCAGAGAAUGGAGAAGCCAAAGCUGAGGAAGAGGAACCAGCCACAGAAGAACCUGAACAGAAAGAAGAUGCGGCAGAAUAACAUCUCUCGAACCACAUCUUUUAUCACUGCUCCCUAUUCCUCUUUUUCUUGUACAAUUCAGGGGAAUAUUUUUAUUGACUAUUUUCUAAAUGCAAGUUUUUUUAGUAGUUUGAUUGUAGAAACACAUUUUUUUAUGAAACAAAAAAUACAUUUGGAGACGGAUUUCAUUACAUCCCACAUUUUUACAUCUCCGGAACAAUUACGGUUAUUGUAAAUGUCAAAGGUUUUUAUUUUUGCCGUGGGGAAGGGGUGGGAAUGGGCCAGGUUGCUGCAUCAAGAACAUGCAAGCACGUUGUUUACAGGAUCCGGUCAAAACAGAGAGCUUGCCUGAGAGACUAACAUUCCAUAGGCUAUAUGAGGGACGGUAUUUGUAACCUGUGUGGUGGGGAUGAAUUACUCAAGGGGCAACACAGUUUUAUUGUUUAUAAUGAGAAAUGUUUUAGAAUGUUGUAAGCUGUUUUCCAUAUGUUAACUAUUGUACUCAUGGCAUUUUUUUUAUUAACCAUUCUGCUUAAUAAACCUAUUCCCUAGCACUGGAGUUCCUCCCUAUCAGGCCUGUGCAUUGCGUGUAAUUGGUUUUGUCUCUGUUCUGUGAUAGCAUUGCAAUAAAUGUGUACAGCUGCUGUUUAAAAGGGGUUUCAAACUUUCUAUAUGCAGUGUGUAAUGGUACAUUGUAAAUGAAAUUCUGUGUUCUUAGCCAAGCUAAUGACAUAAGUGUGAAACAUACUGUUGACUAUGGUUCCUUUUGAUGCUGAGAAACUGUACAUCCACUUGAGCUGUCAAAUACACAAACCAGCAAUAUUCAUGUGGGUUUUAAGUAUCAAGUGUACAGUUCUUGUAUUCUUUGUUUAUAGAUGUAUCUGUGUCAUGAUUGGUAUAAACAAACCAAUAAAAAUGUGGUUGUAA